AACGGCAGUCAGUUUGUGGAUCACGCCUCCCUUCUGUUCAUGUCAAGGCGUUUGACACAACACAUCCAUGGGCACAAGGAAAUAACGCUUCGGUUAUUAGCCAAGUCAUAAAAAAGGAAACUAAAUCUAAACAAAUGUCGGCCAUUUUAGUAUUUAAAACACCCUGUGUGGCGCAACGUGGAGAGGACGACCUUGUUUUCGAAAUGGAGGCACGUCGUGUCCCUAAGAAGAUCAAAAACCAGUUGGUGAAAAUAUCCAAGAUUGUUAUUAGUAUCUUACUAAUUCACUUGAGUUGUUUCAAUGUGGAAGUUUCCGCCAAUAGUUCCGGAGCACCCAACUGGACGUGUAAAUUCAUGAAGCCAGGGCACGGCCGACAGCAGCCCGAGCCAUCGCCAUUCUCCAUUCAAGUCAGCCCGAAAGUUAUCACACCUGGCUCGCCCAUUACAAUCAUUCUGAAAUCUGUGCCUGGUAAAACCUUCAAGGGAUUCUUGGUAACAGCAUUUCGGACAACCGGAACAGGCCCUAGACUGGAUAACCUGAUCGGCACAUUUCAAGGACCGGCCAACGCCAGAAUCACCUGUCAUGGCAAAGGUAUAACUCACAGAAACAGUAUACCAAAAGCUAAUAUAGUUUUGAACUGGACUCCACCAAACACACUAACAAAUACAGACAGGCUAGUUUUUAACGUUACGUUUGUUGAACAACACGCUAAAUACUGGAGGGGCAUUUCUACAGAGGAACUCACAGCUGCAAACUUUCCAAACCAACCAUCGCCACGACCAGUCACACAGCCUACCACGGGAGCCACCAAAACCUCAAGUAUGGGUCCCCAGGAUACUUUUCUGAAGGAGGAUGAACAGUGUGGUAAAGAACACAGCUGCUUCCACGACUGCUUCAACGGAAGGUGUUCCUUCACCGUUUCGUGGAAGGACGCCGGAGACAGCAUCGCAUUCCACCUGAAGAUGAUGCCAGUCGCCAUCAGGGAACGCUGGAUCGCGGUUGGGUUCUCCCAGGACGUGCUCAUGGGCGAUGACAGUGUCACGGAGUGUAUGGUUGACAGAAAGGGUGCUGUGAAGGUGUACAAUUCUUACAACGAUGCCAAAACUAACCACAGAUUGGAUGAUAAAGUUGCUGGUUUGAGCAAGAUGGAGGGCAGUUUUGUGAAUGGACAACUGGACUGCAGAUUCCACAGAAACAAGACGAGCAGAUAUGACCCUAAGAUGUUCGACUUGAACGAACACUGGUUUAUGAUGUUCUCUGACGGAGACGCACUGGCAGGAGAUAAACUGCCACACAGGUUUGACAAACUUCCGUCGGUGACUAGUAACAAGGUGAAUUUACUUUUUCUUGGUAGCAUGGGCGCAGCCGCGGCCCAAGCUUCGCCAUUAGUGAAAGCGCACGGAUGUCUUAUGACCAUCGCCUGGAUGUUGUUAACAUCAAUCGGUAUCGUCACGGCCAGAUAUGGAAAACCGCUUUGGCCAGCUCAUACACUCUUUGGACUCAAGAUAUGGUUCCAGAUUCAUCGAACUGCUAUGGUUUCUACGAUGGGCCUGACUCUUUUUUCAUUUGUACUCAUUCUUAUUGAAGUAAAAGGAAUUUCAAUUAUACCUGAUGUAACGGGAAAACAGUACUGGCAACUCCACCCGUGGUUUGGAUUCAUGAUUGUCGUUCUUAGCAUGUCCAACCCGUUCAUGGCUCUGUUUCGACCAGGAGCCGGGGCCCCGGGCAGAAUUGUCUUCAACUGGAUGCACUGGGGAGUUGGGGUGUUUUCCGUCUUUCUAGCAGUGAUUACUAUAUUCAUUGGCCUUGACCUUCCAAAAUCUGGCGCAUCCAUGUCUUCUCUGUACGUGAUGGCGUUCGCCGUCAUCUACCUGGUGUUCAUGUUUCUUCUCAUGGAGUCCAUUCCCUGCAUCCUGAAGAAAGUCGCAGUCAAGAAGACAUAUGAGCUGAACCCUAGGAACUCCACAUAUGUCUUGACAAGACAAGAGUCACAGGUGUCUACAGUCACCAACAGCCCAUCUCCCAACAAAGAAAAGGAAAUACGAGUGAGAACUAUCGUGAUAACUUGUCAUUACGUCAUUGCUACGAUCACGUCUAUAGUGUUAAUAAUCCUAGUUGUUGUGUAGGAAGAUACACUCAUAAUCCCACAGCCAACCUGACGAAGAAAUUAUAGGGCGGUGGAUUCAUGUACACGCAUUAUCAAAGGCAAUCAGUUCCAGACUUCAAAGUGCAGACCCUUCACCACAUAUCAUCGCAAACUUUCAAAAUACAGUAAAGUACUCGUAUAGCGAACCGGAAGGGACCAUAGUAGUUCGUUAUAGCAGUAGUUCGUUGUACACAUUUGCAUAAGUUGGUUAUUAAUGUACAGGGAGAUAAACGGGACUUUACUAUCAGUUCGUUCUAUGCAGUUGUUCGUUUUAAGCAUGUUCGUUAUAAGUGUACUUUACUGUAUACUAUAUUGCGAAUGUAUAUAUUGUUUUCCUUGAUAUGACCACUUGAUAUUUACGAAGGACAAGUCGGGUGACCUACUUGUAAAACAAUAUACUCGAAAACAUGAUUGUAGGGACAUAUAUACACUUGUUUUAAGAUAAAGGAUUGGAGAUAUUCUUAUCAGUGCAUAUUUUGGACCAUGUUACCAUCUCCGUUUAGUUUAAAUUAAACAAAUGUUGUGUUUCGAAAUUUCAUAUUGAACUGAAAAUUAAUGGUUUGGCAAAAACCAUACUUGAUGCAUGUACUUGAAAAGACUUAAGUGGUGUUGACAAUUGUAAUGAUUUCGUUUUGGUUCCACCUCUAGUGUGGUUAAGAUAACUCGUUAUAUAUCGAUCAUCACGAAUGAGAUGUUAAUCACAUAUUGUUGAUAUCACAUAUGCUGUUAAUAUCACGCAUGCUGUUAAUAUUGUACAUAAGCUAUUUAAUUAAUAUUUAUGGGUGGAGUACUUGAAAAUAUUUGUCUAUAGUUGAAUUAAAAGGUAAAGGUUUUCAAGAAUUUUAAUAAAUCACCAGAAUAUUUUCAGUUUAGUUCUUCGUAGAAUUUCUGUUAUUAGUCUAUGCGUACAACAAUGUCGAAAGUGAGACGUUUCUGCUUAGUAGGACAUAACUUAUUGUGUCAUUCAAUUGUCGCUUACGUAAUUGUGUUUGACAAUAUUUACUAACUGCCGCUUGCACUAACACCAGUACCUGUUGAAACGUAAUGACAUAGUAUAUCUAGUCUUUCAACGUUGAUUCACAAUAAAAUAGGAUAUCGACGUUGAUUCACAAUAAAAUAGGAUGUCAACUCACAAUAAAGUUGGAUGUCGUCAACUCACAAUAAAGUUGAAUGUUGUCAACUCACAAUAAAGUUAGAUGUCGUCAAGUCACAAUACAAUGGGAUGUCGUCAACUCACAAUAAAAUGGGAUGUCGUCAACUCACAAUAUAGUGGAUGUCGUCAACUCACAAUAAGGAAAUGU